AUGCCCGCCUGUACGCCAAUCUGCAGGGGCAAUCGGCGCGAUGAUCGCAGGUCUAAUGGAACAAGACAUUACCUUGCGUAUUUGAAGCUUCCCAGUCUUCUGUACACUAGGAUCAGGAUUCUUGGUGGCUGGCCUGCAUACUUUUUCCGCAAUCCAUCUAGCCAGAAGCGUUACCGUCCCGAGGGCAUCAACCACGAUUCUGCUGUGAUGUUCGCGCCUCACGAGUCCACCAUUUUUUCCGAUGUUGGUAACAUGCUCCGGCUCGCUGGUGCUAUCGGCUUCAUCCAUCCGCGCACAAUCUCUGCUGCGGACUAUCUAUCCAUGCUCAACUCUUUUUGGACCUCUCUACAGUCGCUUUUCCCCAACACGGGCACCAACGCCCCCACCCACAGCCACGACAUCAACUCCCACCUCCAGCGCCGCUCCCACCGGAAAGCCGCCACUCUCCUCGUCGUCAUGCCCCGCGCCACCCUCAAAGCCCCAAUUUACCCCUCAGCAGUGAUGUCGCUCUCACCUUCACGCCCAGGGACUACACUCACGUACCACCUCGUCACGCUGCACCUCGCAUUGCUCGCACUCCUUCCGACAACGGUGUAUGGUAUGCACAGGCGUUUGGCGGAGUGGAAUGUUGUGCGGUUUAGGGAGGGGUUAGGGAGAUAUGGGAAUCUGGGCUGGGCAGGGGUUUGGAGUCGUAACGAUCGACAAGGUGACUGCUUCACAACACUUCCUUAG